AUGCCCUCCGUCCCAGGCAAGCACACGGGCAUCCUGCGCGAGGAAAACAUUGCCCUGCGCCAAGUCCUGGGAUACCGCCUCGAAUCCCUCCGCCCCGUCCCGCCAUACAGCCCACCCCCCAUCAGCCACUCCCUCCCGGGGACACGCAUCAAAGACGUCCUCCUCGUCGCCGUGGACGUCGAUACCGGCGGAGGCUACGAAGUCAUUUCCCCGGGACAAAGCUUCCACAUUGGCGUCUCCAUCCUCGACACCCGCCGCCUGGUAACGGCGCAGCCUCCCGAUCCCGGGGCCGCCAUCACCUCUCACCAGUUCGUCAACACGGACUCGCGCCCAUGCAGGUGGGCCGCCAAGUCGUUCCUCUUCGGGGACACGGAGCGCAUCGCCCUCCCCGACUUCCCGUCGCGAUUCGCCCGCCUCACCGCGGGCAGGGCGUACGUGCUCGUCGCCCACGGCGCGCGCGAGGAGGUCAAGUUCCUCAACAACCUGGACCCCGGAAUCGCCAGCCGAGCCGCGUACAUCAUGGACACGGUCAAGGCGGCGCAGCACCCGCUGCAGCUCUACUACCGCUACAGCAUGGAGAAGCUCCUGGACGAGCUCGCCAUUCCCUACGCGAACCUCCACGCUGCCGGGAACGACGCACACUUCGCCCUCAAGGCGCUGCUGAUGAUUGCCGUUCGUGACGGCCGCAUGACGUCCGGGGCUGCCGCCGACGAGGAGCUGCUCCGCACCCUCGAGGCGAUUGCGCAUGCCCCCGUCGCGCUCCCGGUGUGGAUUGACAAGCCGCCGGCAGCUUCAAAUCCGAAGGCGAAGACGAGGCUGGGUGUCAAGGCGAAGCGACGGCUGCGGCAGGCGAGAAGAGCGGCCGGACGGAUGUUGCAGGAACUGCCCUACGCCGACGAACUAGACGGACUAGAUAUCCACGACCGUGAGGAAUGGCAUGACCCCCUUCCACCGUGA